AUCCUAUGUGCUCUAUGUCCUUGUCACCAAUAUAGAUCUUGUAUUUCCAACUCCCCUUUCUUUUUAUAUAGGUGUGCAAGUUAGCUUUAUGCCCAGCGUUUCAGGCGAGUGGCGCGAGCAAUUGGACUUCAAGGCCGACAACAAAUAAUCUCAGAACCUUUAGGGAAAUGGCAAGUUACAAUCAAGGAUGUUUAAUCUUGGUUGGGAUUUUGGUGACACUGAGUUUACCAUAUUCACAUGCCUUUUGGAGAAAUGAAAAUAAGAUACAAACUGCUGUUUUUCUAUCACCUAAGUUCGUGCUCGGACCAGGAUCUGUGGAAAAUAGGUUCUAUUACAACGUCGACUUUCCGAAAGGUCAUAUUGCGGUGAAAAGUUUUGAUGCAGAAGUAAUUGACGAGGCCGGGAAUCCUAUUCCACUGCACGAGACGUAUUUGCAUCAUUGGGUUGUUGUUAGAUACUAUGUACGUAAAGGUGUGGAAAUAUCAGAGUUUGAUGACCCUAGAAAGUUUAACGAGUCGGACUAUAUUUCUGGGAGAAACAGUGGGAUAUGUCAGAAUCUUGGUCAGUUCUUUGGCCUUGGGUCUGAGACACGGAAAACUUCAACUCAUGUUCCCAAUCCAUAUGGAAUAGAAGCCGGUAAUCCUGCUGAGAUUCCUUCAGGAUUUGAGGAGCAAUGGAUGCUUAAUGUUCAUGCAAUUGAUACAAGGGGUGCUGAAGACAAGUUAGGAUGUACGGAAUGUCGUUGUGAUCUGUAUAAUAUUACAGUCGAUGAAUAUGGAAGACCUUUGAGACCUGACUAUAAAGGAGGCUUGUUAUGUUGUUACGAUCAUACACAAUGCAAGGUAAAACAUGGGUUCGAGGCUGUUAGAAGAGCCCUUUACCUUAGAUACACUGUGACGUGGGUUGAUAUGGAUACGUCCGUCUUGCCUGUUAAAAUUUAUAUAUUUGAUAUUACCGAUAGUUGGAAGAGGAGCCGCAGUUCAACUGGGAUUAUAGCAGAGCACGAGUGCAAGGUUGAAUAUGAUAUUGGAUCUUGCGAUGCCACCGGAAUGGGCGAUGAUGGAUGCAUCGACACCAGAAGGAUAAGCCUUGACAUGCCAUUUGGUGGUUAUCUCAUAUAUGGUGUUGCACACCAACAUUCAGGUGGCACUGGUUCCGCUCUCUAUAGAGAGGAUGGCCAACUUAUGUGUUCUUCAUUACCGACUUAUGGGGAAGGAGAAGAACCUGGAAACGAAGCUGGUUACAUUGUAGGAAUGACCACCUGCUAUCCUAAACCCGGAACUGUGGAGAUAUCUAAAGGGGAGACUUUGAUUUUGGAGUCCAAUUACAGUAGAAUCAGGCAUCAUACUGGUGUCAUGGGGCUGUUCUACAUUUUGGUUGCAGACGAGUUGCCCAAGCCAAUGCACGCCUUGCACACUGUUGUUCAAACACAGGACAGUAUUAUGGUGGUAACAAUCCUCUGGGCUGCGGUAGCUUUGAUCGGUGUGGUAGCUGUUAUCGCUGUUGCGGUUCAUUAUCGACUUAAACGCGAGGGAGAAGAUGGCUAUGAAGCAAUUGGGAUGUGAAUGUGCUGUUAUGAGCUCUACACUGUAUUGCAUCUUAGAGUUCCAGCAAUUUUGUUGUCAAAAUAGUGAUAUGUAUAACAUAUAUAUAUUAGUAACUUUUGAACGUUACGUUCAUAUGGAAGACGCCAUUUUUGUAGAUACUUUUGAAAGAUAUAGAUCAUGGUUAAGGUGUUUCAGUGGUCCAAAA